UGUUGAAAGUCUGUUCUUCAAUAUUUAAUCUUUAAACACUUGUACAUGGUCUAGUUGACUAACGGCACCAUACGUGAGGCCUAGGAACUUUCUUUAUUCAGCUAAAGUCUUUGGAACUACAUUUCCCUGAUUUCUCUCAGCUGUCCGGUUAUACGACGUGUCGUAAAAUUCAGUUAACAGCAAAAAAGAGAUGGACACCACCAAAGACGCCUGACAGUUUUUGACUUUAGCCCUUAUUGUUGUCCGAAAUGUUUAUGUAGGGACGCCAGGCUUCAGCUCACAGAAGCGGUUGUGAAAAUGGAAGCCAUGGAAGAUGACAGUUUGGACAUAAAAGACGACCAUAACCACAACUAUUGUGCGAGUAGCAGCAGCAGCAGCAGCAGCAGUAGUAGUAGUAGUAAAGUCCGCACCUAUUUGAGGAGCCAGUUGUCGGUUGUAACGACGGUCUCGCAACCUGCCGGUCCACCGGUGCCGGGUGAAGAACCGGGGACUCGACAAGGACAACUGUGGUCCGGCAGCACCGGGGGGUCAAAGGUAAUGGACUCGGAUUCAGGCAGUGAGAGCAGCGAAGUCAGCGAGACUGACUGCACGGCUCCGCCACCCGCGGUUGAGGGAACUGUCCCCCUCGAUUCUAACGUUACUUCCAAGUUCCUUCUGAAUGCAAUGGCUGUAGAAGACUACCGGAAAAACCACUGGCCAAACCUGGAGAAGGCAAUUGACCGGCUUCUGAUUCAGAAUCCCACGGACCACAUCUCUGUUUCUUACGCACAGAUAUACAGUUACGUCUACAAGUGUGUUUGUCAGCAGCACUCGGAGCUGCUCUACAAUGAUUUGACAUUAAAAAUAACAAACCAUCUGGAACAGGUUUCCACCCAUCUACACGCCAGACCACCCGAGGACUUCAUUGAGAACUUUAAUGUUGCGCUGACGCAAUACAUAGCUUCUCUUCAAUGCAUAGUUCCUGUAUUUAUGUACUUGAACAAGUUCUACAUCGAGUCGAAGCUGAACAGAGACCUGAGAGAGGAUCUGAUGAAGCUGUUUGCCGAUCACGUCGCAGAAAUACAUGUGAACACACUGAUGCCUCUUCUGAUCAAAGCUUAUUCCAUGCCGUUUCAAGUGCAGCCAUCUACAAUGGCCAGUGUGGUUAAAGGCCUCUACAGCCUCCGUCCAGACUGGGCCCAGUUAGCCCCGGACCUCUUCUCUGGCUUUAUUCCCCAGAUCAACCCUCCUGCUGUGGAGUCUCUGCUUCCUGACUACGCCGCUCACGACCAGAAGUUACAGAUGGAGCUCUCCAUGAACGGAUUUCCACGGGGUGACCAGUCUCGCAAACGGGCCAGCGAGGACUCGUGAUAGCAGAGCCGCCGUCGCCAGAUCUGUUUCAGAACUAUCACUGUGCCUCCUACAUCUUUCUCACGAGUUGGCUCACUGCACUAGGUACAGUGUUGACAGUGUGUCAGUUUCUUCUCUCUCGACUCAGUGACAAAUCACUGUGAACAACAAAAGGGUUGUUACAUCUUACAGCACUGAAAAAAAAAC